UCCCUGCGCUGCCCCCAUAGCUGGCGCGGUUUGCCCUGGCGGUAUGGCCUAGGCCGUGGAUCGGCCAGCGUUCGGCCCUGGCGGGCGGUGAGGGCCGGGCUGGGCGGGACCGGGCUGGGCUGGCGGCGGCUGCUGCUGGAGCAGGUGCUGGCCCGGGUCCGGGCCCGGGCCCAAACGGCUCGGCGGGGAUGAGCCAUGGCUUCGGUGAAGGUGGCCGUGCGAGUGCGGCCCAUGAACCGCAGGGAGAAAGACCUUAAUGCAAAGUUUAUUAUUUCAAUGGAAAAAAAUGAAACUACAAUCACAAACUUAAAGGUACCAGAGGGUGGUACUGGAGACACAGGAAGAGAAAGAACGAAGACAUUUACCUAUGAUUUUUCCUAUUUCUCAGCAGACAGUAAAAGUCCCAGCUUUGCCUGUCAAGAAAUGGUUUUCAGAAAUCUUGGUACAGAUGUGCUUCAAUCUGCUUUUGAAGGUUAUAACGCUUGUGUUUUUGCAUAUGGGCAGACUGGAUCUGGGAAGUCCUACACCAUGAUGGGAAAUGCGGGUGAUGCAGGUUUAAUACCUCGAAUUUGUGAAGGAUUAUUCAGCAGAAUAAGUGAAAAAACAAAGCGGAACGAGGCAUCCUUUCGAACAGAAGUCAGUUAUCUGGAAAUAUAUAACGAACGUGUGAGAGAUCUUCUCAGACGGAAGUCAUCAAAAACUAAUAAUUUACGAAUACGAGAACAUCCCAAAGAAGGGCCGUAUGUUGAGGAUUUGUCUAAACAUUUAGUGCAAAAUUAUACUGAUGUAGAGGAACUUAUGGAUGCAGGAAAUAUAAAUAGAACAACAGCUGCAACUGGAAUGAAUGAUGUCAGUAGCAGGUCACAUGCCAUUUUCACAAUCAACUUCACUCAGGCUAAAUUUGAUUCAGAAAUGCCUUGUGAAACUGUUAGCAAGAUUCAUUUGGUAGAUCUUGCUGGAAGUGAGAGAGCAGAUGCCACUGGUGCCACAGGUGUUAGAUUAAAGGAAGGAGGGAAUAUUAACAAAUCUCUAGUUACUCUGGGAAAUGUAAUUUCUGCGUUAGCUGAUUUAUCUCAGGAUGCAACAAAUCCUCUUUCAAAGAAGAAACAAGUAUUUGUGCCUUACAGGGACUCUGUGUUGACUUGGCUGUUAAAAGAUAGCCUAGGAGGAAACUCUAAAACUAUAAUGAUUGCCACUAUUUCACCUGCUGAUGUCAAUUAUGGAGAAACUUUAAGUACACUUCGCUAUGCAAAUAGAGCCAAAAACAUAAUCAACAAGCCUACUAUUAAUGAGGAUCCUAACGUCAAACUGAUCCGUGAGCUGAGAGCUGAAAUAGCUCGAUUAAAAGCCCUUCUUGCUCAAGGGAAUCAGAUUGCGCUCUUGGAUUCUCCAACAGCUUUAAGUAUGGAAGAAAAGCUUCAGCAGAAUGAAGCAAGGGUACAAGAACUGACCAAAGAGUGGACAAACAAGUGGAAUGAAACGCAAGAUAUUCUGAAAGAACAAACCUUGGCUCUGAGGAAAGAAGGGAUAGGUGUGGUGUUGGAUUCUGAACUGCCUCAUCUCAUUGGUAUUGAUGAUGAUCUGCUCAGUACCGGUAUCAUCUUAUACCACUUGAAGGAGGGCCAAACAUAUGUUGGCAGAGAAGAUGCUGUGACAGAACAGGAUAUUGUGCUUCAUGGUCUUGAUUUGGAAAGUGAGCAUUGCAUCUUUGAAAAUCUCAAUGGUACUGUGAAUCUAAUACCACUGAAUGGAGCACAGUGUUCUGUGAAUGGUAUUCAGAUUACAGAGGCCACACACCUAAACCAAGGUGCUGUUAUAUUACUUGGAAGAACCAAUAUGUUUCGCUUUAACCACCCCAAAGAAGCUGCUAAGCUAAGGGAAAAAAGAAAGAGUGGACUGCUAUCUUCCUUCAGCUUGUCUAUGACAGAUCUUUCAAAAUCUUGUGAGAACCUAUCAGCGGUUAUGCUUUAUAAUCCAGGGCUAGAAUUUGAGAGACAACAACGAGAGGAGCUUGAAAAAUUAGAAAGUAAAAGGAAACAAAUAGAAGAGAUGGAAGAAAAACAAAGAUCUGACAAAGCAGAACUUGUAAGAAUGCAGCAAGAGGUAGAGUCACAGCGCAAAGAGACAGAAAUAGUACAGCUGCAAAUUCGAAAACAGGAAGAGAGUCUGAAACGGAGAAGUGUGCACAUUGAGAGCAGGCUAAAGGAUUUGCUGGCUGAAAAAGAAAAAUUUGAAGAAGAGAGAUUACGGGAACAACAGGAGAUAGAGCUUCAAAAGAAAAAGCAGCAGGAAGAAAUUUUUGCCCGGGUCAAAGAGGAGUUGCAGCGACUACAAGAACUUAAUCAUAAUGAAAAAGCAGAGAAAAUGCAGAUUUUUCGUGAACUAGAAAAACUGAAAAAGGAAAAAGAUGAACAGUAUAUUAAGCUGGAAUCAGAAAAAAGGAGACUUGAAGAACAAGAAAGGGAGCAGGUGAUGCUGGUAGCUCAUCUAGAAGAACAGCUUCGAGAGAAGCAGGUCAUGAUAGAGCUCCUGAAGAGAGGGGAUGUACAAAGAGUUGAAGAAGAGAAAAGAGAUCUUGAAGAUAUUAGAGAAUCUCUUUUGAAAAUCAAGGAAGCCCGAUCUGAAGGUGAUGAAAACCUUGAAGAGUUAGAAAAAGCACAGCAUGAUUUCGUAGAGUUUAAGAGGAAACAAUUGGAACAGUUGACUAUUUUGCAAAAAGAUUUAGUUAAACAAAUGGAUCACCUAGAAAAGGAAAUAUCAGAUGAAAAAAGAGCUCUGGACCACUUAAAAUUUGUACAUGAAGAACAUACAAAUCCCAAGGGAGAUGAUGAAAACUUUGUGGAUGCUGUACUCAAGGCUGAAGAAUCUGACAAGAUAAAGCCAGCAGAGUACAGGUUCCAAUCUAAAGUACGUCAGCUUGAGUACCUGAAGAGUAAUCAUUUGCCAGCUCUGCUGGAAGAGAAACAAAGAGCUUCUGAAGUCCUUGAUAGGGGCUUGUUAGGGUUAGAUAAUACUCUCUAUCAAAUAGAGAAAGAAAUAGAAGAAAAAGAAGAGCAGCUUGCCCAGUAUAGAGCUAGCACAAAUCAGCUGCAGCAGCUUCAAGAAACCUUUGAAUUCACAGCCAAUGUAGCUCGUCAGGAAGAAAAGGUCCGGAAAAAGGAAAAAGAAAUCCUUGAAUCAAGGGAAAAACAGCAGAGAGAGGCACUGGAACAAGCUGUUGCUAAGUUAGAAAGGAGGCACUCUGCUUUGCAACGUCGUUCGACAAUAGACUUCGAAAUUGAAGAGCAGAAACAGAAACUUGCCACCUUGAACAACAGCUGCAGCGAGCAGGCAGGUCUGCAGGCUAGUUUAGAAGCUGAGCAGAAAGCCCUCGAACAAGACCGAGAACGCCUGGACCAGGAAAUUCAGCAGCUGAAGCAAAAAAUAUACGAGGGUGAUGGUGGUCAGAAAGGAAAUCAUGGAACAUUAGAAGAGAAACUUUCCCAUACCGCUUCCCCUACCAGUCCAACAAACCCACAGCCACCUGCUGCUCCACUAGUUGAUGAUAGGAUAAAUGCCUUCAUUGAACAAGAAGUGCAGAGAAGGCUCCAGAAUAUUCAUCAUAAAGCUGAGGAUAAUGGUGCUAGCCUGUCCUGGUCUACAGAAAGUUUAAAGGAUAAUGAGAGGCUUAAUAAUGGCACAGUUCAACGCAAGCUGAAGUAUGAGCGGAUGGUCUGUCGUUCUCUGGGAGCAAAUCCAGAUGACCUAAAGGACCCAAUUAAAAUUAGUAUUCCACGCUAUGUCCUGUGUGGGCAGGGAAAGGAUGAACACUAUGAGUUUGAAAUAAAGAUAACAGUCCUGGAUGAGACAUGGACAGUAUUCAGGCGGUACAGUCGUUUUCGGGAAAUGCAUAAGACUUUAAAACUGAAGUACCCAGAGCUUGCCACUUUAGAAUUCCCUCCAAAGAAGCUCUUUGGAAACAAGGAUGAACGAGUGAUUGCAGAACGACGGAGUCACUUAGAGAAAUACCUCAGGAGCUUUUUCUCUGCAAUGCUGAAAUCUCCAUCAUCUCCAUUGCACAUUGAUAAAGUGGGGCUAAUGCUGUCAAAACACACCAUCUGUGAAUUCUCACCCUUCUUCAGGAAAGGCGUUUUUGACUAUAGCAGCCAUGGGACCAGCUAACUUUUGAGACAGGACCCAUCUGCCAGAGGAGCACAGUCGGAGUGGUGCCAUCACUUUUGUUCUGUGAGAGAAAUGGGGGGAAGGAAAAAAGGUAUCUUCCUCCAUACCUGGCAAGUUGCAUCAAAAUUACUCCAGUUAGCUACAUCCAAUGCUAGCCUUUGGCCUUUACCAGUUCUCGUCUUAGUGCCUGCAUUUUCCUGGCAUGGGGUACACAGACAUUCUUGUGUAAGUUGAUCUGUUAAUACUGUAAAAAAGUUCUGACUCUCAUGCUGUGUUUAGAUUUGCUCCUUAGUGGGAGUACUUCCUUCCCAUUUGCUCAAUUUGUUCUGGUGAUGCAAGAGCAUCUCGUGUUUACCGUGGAGGUGUAUCGUUCUGACAGAGGGUUUGUGAGCAGCCUUUUGGUUUCUGUACAAGCUGUUCCUUUAAAGAACACUUCGUCUUUUGUUUCCUUAUAGCAUACUGUGGUGUUUAAGGUAAUGCUCGUACUCCACUGUUUCUUUUUUUCCCUCCCAGGCACACAUUUUAACUAUUGGACUGUAUAAUUGUAUGGUUUUCCUCAGAAGAAUUAAAGGGCCUGGGUAACUUGAAUGUUUACAAAAAUAUAUGCAGCAGAAUAUAAUUUAAACCCUGUAUAAGUCUUCCAAACUUGGUUAUUUUGAAGCAGAACAAAUCACUGUUAAUUAAGAAGCAGAGGAAGCAAUAGUUACCGAAGAAUGCGUUCAGCAUCUUUUCAGAUUUUCUAAUUACCCAGACUGUAAGUGGAUACUGUACACUGUACAGACUCAUAGCUAUGCAUAAAACUAAAGCAAACUGCUAUAUUUCUUUUUUGAAAAAUAGUUUUUUCACAAUAGCAUAACAUUGUAAAGCAUGAGUUUUAUUUGCAUUGGUCAGAAUUUACAGAAUUUGACUAAUAGUCCUUCAGAAUUUCUCAGGACUCAUUCAGGCUUGCACAUGUAUAUACAGGUAGAAGUCAUUUUAUAUUGUGGCUCCAAAAAUAUGUAUACACUGUGACUGAAAUUGAGUACAUGUACAUGUUGAUGUAUAAUUGGUUGUAUAAAAAUGAAGAUCGAACAACUUCCAGUUAUUAAAACAGAUAAUGAAAGGUAAGUUUUGUGUGCCAUUUGUUAGGACUGUGAAGCAUUACUUGUGAGUUGCCAUCAUUGACCACUGGUAGGUCUUGGUGAAGUAUUUCGUGUUGUAGAAAAUUAUUAUUAAAACCUAAAGUAACAACACUGGUGACAUUUUUAUUUAAUGACCUAAAUUAUAGGACAGUAAUGAUCUACAUUUAAUAUGAUACAUUUAAUAUGAUACAUUUAAAGAUAAUUGGGUUCCAUUAUUAAGCCUAAUCUGUUACAAUAAGCAUUUCUAAUUAAAAAAAAAAAAAGAAAAAAGAAAAAUUAUUAGAAUGGAUCAUUUAAAUUUUGAGAAUAUUUUUAUUAUUUUGAUUCAUUUCAGUGAAAACAAAAGUUAGGGUACAAUUUCUAAACCACCAGAGCCCUAUUAUCAGCAGAGUAGACUUUGAUGUCUUUGGAUGUGUCUGACUGUGUCUCCCAGAGGUAAGUCCUAUGCUUUGUGUCACUUAAGAUUUGGAGAACCUGUUUGAGAAAAACACAACUAGACCAGUGGAGUGAAAAAUAUGAAUAUUUGAAUUUUUCACAUGAAUUUAAAAGGCUUGUACUUGGUUCCUGUUUACAGUACAAAUUAAUUCAGGGAGGAGCAUAUGCUCUAGUGGUAUAAACAUGCCAAUAAGGUGGCUAAUUUAUGUUGGCUAGUUUAUCUGGCCUACAGUGUUAAAUGUGUACGUUGAAAAUAACGAACUAAAGGCUGAUUAAUCGCUCCAUUUAAAAUGUCAUCAAGUUAAAAGCUACAGAAAUGCAAGUGUAAGCAUGCAAUUAGGACCACAACCCCAGGCUACCAGCUUUUCCCACCUUCUUAUCUAUCUUUCAGUGGUACUCAGAGUUUAAUCAAUGACUGCAAGCUCAGGCUAGACUAAGAGGCAUCUCUUAAUGAUUUCAUCAGUAAAAAUAUGAUGGCUCUCCAAAACCUGCAGUCUUUAAACCCAGACUUUGUAAGAAAAUUUCAAUAGAAGCUGAGAUGCAUGUCAAAAUUAUUAGCUGUUUUCAAGAUGUUCAAACUGCAUUUCUGUAAAGAUAUCUUCAGGCUCUAAAUUUCUCCAUUAAUUUUAUUUUUAAAAUAUUGGCACUUUCAAAAAUAUUGUGAAAGUAAUCUCGAGGACUCGUACAGUUUUUUCCAAAGUGCUCUGUAAUUGGGCUUGUGGGCUUCGCAUCUGCAAAGGCCUUAAGCGAAACCUUAACUUCUGUAUCAGGACUAUUUAUGUUUCAAGUGAAGUGUGUAUUUAAGUGCUUUACUGAACUGGGGCCAUCGUUCCUACCCAUGUGACUGAAGCUGUGCUUCCAUUUAAGUCACCAAACAACUUGGCUUAUAUUCUUGCUGACCCUACAGCAAUUCUUCUUCAAUAGGGAUGCACAAAAAAGGCCAAAAAGCACACUGGAGAUAGUGCUGGGCUAGUUUUCUGCAUGAUACCUUGGUCAAGAUGCAAAAAGAUUCUGGGCAAAGCUUCCGUGUUGGUCUUGAGCCCUCAAUCCUUUAACUGGAAAUGCUUUUCCUGUGAAUAUGCUGCUUCGCAUAGGAAAGAGGUAGAGCAGCCCCUAAAGCCCUGCUGCUAGAUGGCUCCUGGCAGUCCUCUUGCUCCACAAGCUGCCGUGUCCUGAGAGCCUGCAAGGUCAAUUCUAAAACCAAUGCUCAGCUGCUGCUGUUGGAGAUGAUGGUAGAGGGUCUUCAGAAUUGCCCUAAAAAUGUAAGGGGGAAGAACCCAUUUUUUUAAUUAAUUAAAUGUAAUACAUUAAAAACAAACAAACAAACAAACAAAAAAGUGGGACACUAAAUGUGUUGCACCAGACAAUCAGACCCAAUCUUUCCAGUUUAAUCAGUAAUACUUUAAAAGCUAGUGCAGAAUUUCCUAUUUACUGUCCACGCAACCUACCCUGUAUAUGAGAAUAAUAUGUUCAUACUAGACUGAUAAAGCUUGAAAUUUUAUAUGCUACUGGCUCACUGAAGCCCCCACAUUGGAAGAAAUAAAUUAUUUUUAACUUAGCAAGAUUCUUGCAUUCACCCCUGGAUUUUUUCUAUGUUCAUUAGAUCUUGGGGAAAAAAAAUACGGUUGGUAAGCUGAAGAGUGAAAAUCUGUUGGCAUCCAACCUCAUCGUGGGAAAUACACAAUGUUCCUUUGCAGGAGAGUCUUCAUGAGCAACUAAGCUCUAUAGAGUUGCAUAAGCCUUGAGAUCCAGUUGAAGGAUUGAAGUCUGGAUAUAUUUUCUUGGCAGACCUAUGAAGUGAAUUUUUGAUGUAUUGGAUCCUGCUACUUUUUUAAAAUUGUUUUAUUAUUUUAAGAGUGUUUUGGUUGCAGACCAGGAUGCUAUUGUGGAUGCACAUUUGUCAAAGCAGUAACAACAAAGUUGAUCAGAAAAGAAACCCCAAAACAAAACAGGUAGGGGUAGCGAGCUGUGAGCUGAGUAUGCUUUUCUGUGGGAAGUAUGUAAACUUCCAUGAUGCCAUCCUGUCUGCUAUGGUUAAAUCAUUAAAAGAGCUUUUCCGACUGGACAAGAGUACCAGAUCACAAAAGCUACUAUUCUUUUGUCUUCUUGAGAUUGAUUUUUAAAACAGUUUUAAAAGGAGUGGGUAUGUGGGGAAGCUUUAUUAAGGGAUCACACUAAUGUUUGAUAAAACGGAGGCAAGAUUUUGGACUAGAGGCUUUAGCCUCUUGUCUCAGAAAAAAAAUGCCAGUGGCAGCAUGGGAAGCCCUGUUUCUGUUUUCUUCUUUAUAAUUUUAUUUUCUUUAUACACACUGACAUUUUUCUCCAAUGUCAUGCUAACAGCUGAAGUGUCAGCUCCCCAUUGCGCAGUUUGUGCAUUCACAAGAGAAUUUCAGCAGUGUUUUUGUUGUUGUUUUUAAGGAAUUGGUCUUAGAAAAAGAAGUAGGUCUAAGGAAAAGUCUACAGACUUUUUCAAAUUCCUUCUCUGUUUCUUUUGAUAGCUUCUUCUAUCAUAAGUUUUGUCUAAAUAACUUGUUCUCAUUCUCUGUAAAUUUUUUUAUUUCCUUACUGUGUUUUCCUGUUUUACAGGUGGUUUAGAAGAAUAUGCUGGGAGGAGUUGAAGAAAAACAAAACCCUUUAUUAUUUGUAAAGAGGUAGUUAUUUUGUCAUCUUCUGAUCUAGCAAAGUGGGACACGAGUUUCUGAUCUUUUUACGUGUAUUAAACUUCUGAGCCUUCAAAGGUCUUGCAUUCUACAGCUUUUUGGGGCAUUAUUGUACUUUUUCGUUAUCAUCCCUAUAUUCUUUUCCAUUGUAAUUAACAUUUGACAUGAGCCUGUCUUCAAACAAUGUAUUCAAGGAGAGGGAGCUUUCUACUUAAUGAAACCUCCUUAUUUAGGUCAGGAGGCUUUUUUGGGACUCUGCCUUUUGUCACCAUCCUUACCCAACGCUGUAUUUUCUCCACAUUAACCUGUUUUAAUGUUGUCUUGAGGCAGGGGUUGCCUCUGUAGUAAUCUGUUUUUCUGUUUCCUUAAGUUCUGCAUCAAAGAUCACCAACUGAAACCAGGUUUUAGUCAUGUUCUGCAAUAAUCAAGGUUCUUGCUUUUUGAUAUUGUGAAUUAGAACAGAAAUCAAUCUCAAAAAUGAAGGGGGGAAAAAAAAGAGAUUUAUGAUUGUUGUUGUUGUUAUUGUGUAACCUGGGAAAUCUCAGUGUGUUUUCAGGACUUAUGUAUCAUGGUUGUCUCUUAUUCCUGAACAUGGAUAACCAGGACAUGUAUGAGUUGGAAAUUACUCCCUUUCAUGGUGCAAGCCAGCAUACUAACAAUGAGAGUUUCAAGAAUUGUUCUAUGGAAACUGAAACCGUCAGUGUAUCAAAUUACCUGUUCCCAUUGAGUUCAGCAGGAGCCAAGAUACUGCCAGGGAUGUGGAGAGAAAAAAAGCAAGCUGAAGUACCCAUUUGUUUUUGUAUUUCCUCUCUGUUCCUCUAGCUUUAUGAUGUUCAAACCCCCUUAUUUUCACCUUCACACAGAAAUGUACCUUCAAGGACAAUUUUACACUCUGGUUGGUCUCCAGUGUGGCAUGGACCAGCCAGAGGAACUGCUUGACCUUUGGCCCUUGCCAGGGGCUGAUAGAGCAAAGGCUGUCUUAAAUAUAUAAUUGGAAGACCUGGAAGUUGCUGGAGGCUGAGUGAGAUGAUGAGAGAAGCCCAUUUGUACUGGCAGAGACCCUAUCUUCAGCUUGACAUCCCAAGAUACAGAGAAGCUGCAGAGUUCCCUGUGGGUGGAGGAGACACGGAGAGGUGAAGAACAAGCACCAAAUGUUUCCCACUUCAGUGCCUUGGUUGGAAUUUGUGUGCUGGUGGAGGUGCAGGGUAUGGCGAAAAGCCAAGGGAUGGACAAAACAGCAUUCCAGCACUCCUCCUCACAAGCUCAAUGCUGGAGAAGCUUCAUAGGGGCAUAGAAUAAGAGGCAGUGACAGUGACAGAUCUCUCUGAAGAAAAGGGGAGUAAGGGCGAUGCUUACCUUCAUGGUCGUCCCUUCAUUUGUGGAUAAUCUAUGUCUCAUCUGAAGUCCUGAAGAACCUCCCAUCAGUCUGUCAUACACCCGAUAGCUGAGUUUAUUGAACACAUGUCGCUUGGAUCUCGUGCUUGGUUAGCAUCGAGGGCCUCUGGUCUCUUCACUCCCCACUUCUCCAGCCAUCAGCUUUGCCCCCUGCAGAGACUCGCUAAUGCAAGCAGAAGGGCUCUUUAGAGAGGAGCUCUUUGGGGAGCUGCCGUUUCACCAUUUGGCCUCUUCAUUCUGCUACAGGUUUGCACACCAAGUAUUUAAGGACUGGCUUUGGCUGAAAAUGCAAGGCUUAAAAGUUAAAGAAAACUGAGAAUGUGUCCAGUUUGCACCAGAGGGAGCCUCUGUAUUUCAUGUUUUUGGAAGACAGCAUCCAAUCAGCAGUACACAUAUGGCAUAAGUGUUUGAAAAGUUCGUAGCCUGGAAAGCAGAGCCAUGCCACUCUUGUUGAAGCUUGUGGCAAAGAGACCAGCACAUCUGUGAGCAAAGUCCUUGGGCUGGGGGCUGUUCUCCCCUUUCCUUUCUUUUUUCUUCAGUUGUUUUUGGGGCUUUUUCCCUCCUUCACUGUAAUUUUUUAAAGGAAGUAACAGCAUUUCAGGAAGAUGGUACAAACAGUGCAAUCGAAUUUAUAGCAUUUCUUCUAUCUGCUUCUCAUUAAUAUUGAUUUUUUUAUAUUUCAUCUCUGACAGCAAACAUGAAUCUUACAAAAAAAAGUUAAAUCCCCUCUCCAGUUCCCAGCUUUUCAUGAAUGUGAGAUAAUGGGCUUUACACACUCCGAACAAAAUACUUACUGCUUCUCUGCAUGGUUAAUUACAGUUUUUCUCUUUAUUGCCUGGCACUUCUAAACAGUUGCUGCAAAUUUUCUCACCGAAUUCUGCAACUGAGAAAAUAAUUUCUUGAGAGAGAAUUGUAUUCACUAAGCUAAAUCAUUACAUGCUGCUCAUUUUUCUAGACUUCAAGUCUUGUGUAAUGCUGGGGCAUUAUAACGCACUCUUGUGAUUAAUAAGAUUGUGGUUUCCUGAGAAAUGAGCUAGAGAAAAGUUCCAAAUGGUAAAUUCUUUCUUGAUGCCAGAAGGUGAUUUUAUUAUUAUUAUUACCACUCCCACUUAGUUCAGACUAAGAAGUUAAUUCCCCACCAGGUUAAGGCAGCUGGCCUAAAAUGGUAAAGACAGAUAUGAAAGCAUUUGGCUUUUUGUUUUUCCCCCAUCUGAUAUCUGCAGAACUGGAGCAGUUUGAAGCACAAAGGAAACACCUUUUUCUCCACCAGCAUGUGUGACAAAAGCUCUCCUGAAAGCUGAAAGCUGCUGUUCCUGCCUAGCAGACCAUAGCCUUGGGCGGCACAAGGACCGUGUCCACGUGUAGCCACUUUGGACCCCACACCAGAACAUGCCUCACUCCAAGGAAGAAACAAGGCAUUUUCAAAUCAUCCUCCCCCAAAAGCAAUGAUGAAUUUGGCCCAAGGUCUGGAUGCCCAACCAAAUGAGAAGCAGGCAAAUUCAACCUGAACAAAGCAGGCACAUCCUCUCGCAAGGCAGAUCAAGCCAGAGGUGCUGAUUACGCCAUAGAAGCAGUGAGGACAAGAGCUUAGCAAGAUUUAAGCAGCAGGUGCUUCCUUGCAGGAAUGAAAUGGAGCAGCUCUUGGCCACAGCAAGAGAUUGUUCUCCCUGUUCCAGUUGGGCCUGUGAUGGGCAGGCAUCAAUUCAGUGCAGUCCUGGUUAAGAGGGACAGUCCCAGAUGACUGGAGGCUUGCCAGUGUGACGCUCAUCUACAAGAAGGGCCAGAAGGAGGAUCUGGGGUACUGCAGGCCAAUCAGCCUGACCUUGGUACUGGGGGAAGGUUAUGGAGCGGUACAUCUUGAAUGAGCUCACCAAGCAUGUGUAGGACAACCAGAGCAUUGGGCCCAGCCAGCACGGGUUCAUGAAAGGCAGGUCCUGUCUGACCAACCUGAUCAUCUUCUAUGACCAGUGACCUGCCUAGUGGAUGAGGGAAAGACUGUGGAUGUUGUCUACCUGGACUUCAGCAAAGCCUUUGACACUGUCUCCCACAGUGUUCUCCUAGAGGAGCUGGCGGCUCAUGGCUUAGACAGGUGUACUCUUUGCUGAGUAAAAUCUGGCUGGAUGGCCAAGCCCAGAGAGCUGUGGUAAACAGAGCUGAAUCCAGUUGGUGGUCAGUCACAAGCGGUGUUCCUCAGGGCUCAGUUUUGGGGCCAGUCUUGUUUAAUAUCUUUAUCAGUGAUCUGGAUGAGAGUAUUGAGUGCACCCUCACAAGUUUUGCAGCUGACACCAAUUUGGGUGGGAGUUUCAAUCUGCUGGAGGUAGGAAGGCUGUGCAGAGGGACCUGGACAGGCUGGAUCGAUGGGCUGAGGCCAACUGUAUGAGGUUUAACAAGGCUCAGCGCUGGCUCCUGCACUUGGGUCACAACAACCCCAUGCAACUCUACAGGCUUGGGGAAGAGUGGCUGGAAAAGGACCUGGGGGUGUUGGUUGACAGCAGCUGAACAUGAGCCAGCAGUGUGCCCAGGUGGCCAAGAAGGCCAACAGCAUCCUGGCUUGUAUCAGGAAUAGCGUGGCCAGCAGGAGUAGGGAAGUGAUUGUGCCCCUGUAGUCAGCACUAGUGAGGCCACACCCUGAAUAUUGUGUUCAGUUUUGGGCCCCUCACUGCAAGAGAAACAUCGAGUUGCUGGAGCGUGUCCAGAGAAGGGCAACAAAGCUGGUGAAGGGUCUGGAGCACAAGUCUUACGAGGAGUGGCUGAGGGAACUGGGAUUGUUUAGACUGGAGAAGAGGCUGGGGGGAGACUGUAUUACUCUCUACAACUACCUGAAAGGAGGUUGCAGCGAGGUGGGUGUUGUUCUCUUCUCCCAAGUUACUAGUGAUAGAAUGAAAGGAAACAGCCUCAAGUUGCACCAGGGGAGGUUUAGGUUGGAUAUUUGGAAAAAUUUCUUUACUGAAAGAGUAGUCAGGCAUUGGAACAGGCUGCCCAGAGAGGUGGUGGAGUCACCAUCCCUGCAGGUGUUUUUAAAAAAGAAAAAAAGUGUAGAUGUGGCACUUCAGGGCAUGGUUUAGGAGGCAUAGUGGUGUUGGGCUGUUGGUUGGACUUGAUGAUCUUAGAGGCCUUUUCCAACCUUUAUGAUGUAAUGAUUUCUGCAAGUGUUUUGUGAAGAGGCUGCUGAAACACAGCAGCAGUGCCUUCCAUCCAUUCCCUUUUGUCAAAUAACUGCCUGUAAGGUGGUUUGUUUCUUCCCCACUCCACCAUGACUGUGGAAUUGCUGUACACCCCAGCUCUCUCCUCUGGAGUAGUGGUACAUGAAUCUUUAACUAUUUGUACGUUGCUUUUGCUUUCUGUCACUACCUUGGAACUCUGCGCGGUGCUGUUUUUCUUCCCACGCUAUUAUUUAUGUCUGUGUGUGGAUGGAAAGGAUUCAUUGGAAGCAUCAGUUCAUCCAGCAGAAGGGAUGAGUGACCACCAGCCCAUGUGCAAGAAGGAAAACCUUCUUUUUAAUUUUGUUUUUGGAGUGUGGUUCUUCUGUGUGUUAUUUCUGGGCAAUGAAAGCUGCAUUUUCUGGAAAUCAUGUUCAAGUAAUAAUGAAAGAUAAACCGCAUUUGGCAUCUAAUGCACUGUCUAACUUUGAAGUUUCAUUAGCUCCAUCCCAGGCUUUGCAGAGGGACCAGGCAGACAGAGGAGGCAGCACAUGUGAGCCCCAGGACUUCAGGGCCAGCCUGCCACAGGAGGAUUGUGGCAGGGUCUGGGGCUCUUGCCUCCCAACAGGGGAGCAUGAAUGAGUCCUUCAAACCUGCAGGGCAAAGUUGGGAUUCAGAGGGCAAAGCUGGGAUUUUGGUUGCUGAUUUGUUUUUUUUUUUUUCUGUAAAAGGUGGUUGCAUAGGAUGUGACACCUUUCAUAUUUUUCCAUUUAUUGGAAAUUGCUAAUAAAAGGUAAUGAAUAUGUCCUUUCUGAAAGGACACGUUGUUUCCAUUGCAGUUCACUGCAGUACUGGAGAAUCAGAUGGGAAAACCGUCAGAAGGGGGAUGUACACUUGUGUGCAUGGGUGUGUGUGCAUACCUGUGCAUGCAUAAUAUGAGCCUCUGCAUGUGUGUCUGUGCGCGUGUCUGCGUAUGUGCUCGUGUGUGUGUGUUGAGGUGCCUGCAGGCAUGUAUGUGUCUCUGCACGUGUAUGCACUUGUGUCUCUUGCAUGCAUAUGCAUGCGUGCCUGCAUGUGUAUGAAUGCACAUGUUUGUACAUGAGCAUCUGUGUUCACGUGUGGGUGCAUGUGCACAUUUGCAUGCAUAUGCAGGCAUGAGCGUGCGUCUGUGCACGGGCAGGUGCGAGUAUGCAUGUGCAUCAGCAUGUAAGCGUGUGUGUUUCCAUGUGUGGGUGUGUACAUGCUGGCGCACAUGUGCAUCUAUAUGUGUGCAAGUCUGUGGGCAUUUCUGCACAUGUUUGCAUGAGUGUGUGCACAUACAUGUGUAUAUGCCUGCAUGUGCGCACAGACAUAUGCAGGCAGGUGUGUGGGUGUUCGCGUGUGGGUGCAGGGGCGUUCACUGGCGUGCAUGUGUUGGUGUGUGCUGGUGUGUGUGCUUGCGUGUGUGGGUGUGUGCUGGUGUGCAUGAGUGCAUCUGCAUGUAUAUUCAUGUGUGCGUCCAUGGGCAUGUGUUAAUGCGUCCAUCCGCAUAUGUUGUGUGCAUGUGCGUAUGCAUGCCUGUGUGGGUGCGUGCAUGUGUGUGUGCCUGCAUGCGUGAGCAGAUAUGUGUGCACGUGCAUGUCUGCAUUGAUGUCCAUGUAUGCACAUGUGCAUGUGUGCUUUUGAGUGUGUGUGCAUGUAUGUGUGUGGGUGCAGGUGUGUGCUGGUGUGCAUGAGUGCAUCUGUGUACGCGCAUCGUGUGGGCAUCCGUGGGCAUGUGUACAUGCAUCCAUCUGCAUCUGUGUUCUGUGCAUGUGUGCAUGCAUGCCUGUGCGUGGGUGUGCACACAUACGUGUGUGGGCACCUGCAUGCAUGUGCAGAUGUGUGUGCGGGCGCCUGCAUGCAUGUGUAUGAGUGCGAGUGCGCGCAAGUGCAUGUGUACAUGUGGGUGCAUGGGUGGGUGUGCACACGUAGGUGUGCGUCUGUUUGUGUGUGUGCACACAUUCACAUGCCUGCGUGUGCAGGCAAGCAGGUGCGUGUGCCUAUGUCCAUGUACGUCCAUGUACCUGUACGCACACGUGUGCCUGUGCAUGUCUGUACGCUUGCGUGUGUGUGUACGUGUGGGUGUGUCUGUGCUUGUGUGCACGCAUUCAUAUGUGUGCAUGCAUAUGCAUAUAUCCAUGUGUGAGUGUGUGUGCAGGCAUGAGCUUGUGUCCAUGAGCGCUUGUGUGUGCACGCAUUUGUGUACAUAUGUGCAUGCAUGUGAGUAUGAGGGCGUAUGAGUACAUGUCCUUGCAUGUGUGCGAGUGCUACUGCGCGCGCGCAUUCGUGUGUGCGCGUGCUUCUGCGGGCAGGCAUGUGCAGGCAUGCAUGCGUGUGUGUUUGCAUCCGCGUUUAUGCGUGUGCAUGCGUCUGUGGGGACGUGUGUGUGUUCAUGUGUCUGUGUGUAUGUGUGCCUAUGCGUGGGUGUGCGCACGUACAUGUGUGCAUGCAGAUGUGUGCAGAUGGGCCUGUGCAGGUGUGCAUGUGUGGGUGCAUGUGCAUGCAUGUGCACAUGUGUGUACUUGCAUGUGUUUGCAUGUUCAUGUGCAUGUGUGACUGCACAGGCAUGAGUGCAUGCGCGUGCUUGCCUGAGCGUGUACGUGCUUGUGUGUCUCUGCAUCUGCGUGUGUGUGCUUGUGUGUAUACAUGUUCAUAUGCGUGAGUGCAUGUCUCUGUAUGUGUGAGCAUGUGUAUGCAUAUGUGUGCUUGCAUGUCCACGUACACAUGUGCGAGUGCUAUGGCAAACAUGCAUGUGUGCAUCUGUGUGUCCGUGUCCACACAAGUCUCUGCGUCUGUGUGCACAUCUGUUCUUGUCUCUGUGUACGUACAUGUGCACACAUCCAUGCGUGUGACCCUGUGUGUACGCAUGUUUGCGUGUACUUGUUCUUGCAUGCGUUCGUGCGCAUCAGUGUCUGGGUGCGCGCGUGUGUGUCUGCGCUUGUGCACGCACACAUUAGUAUGCGUGCGCAUGUGCGUCCAUUCGGUGUGGACAUGCAUCCGCGUGGCUCCGAGUGUCUGCGCAUGUGCACAUCUGCAUGCAUGUGUGUGUGUGCACGCAUUCGUGCAUGUGCUAGUGUGUGUGUCAUUGCACACACGUACGCGGGUAGAUGUGAGUGUAUAUGUAUGCAGGUGUGUGCGCCUGCACGUGUCAAUUUGUGCAUAUCUGCAUGUGCGCGUGUGUGCUCCUCUGAGUGUCCAUGUGUGUCUGUGUGUGCACAUACGUGUCUGGCCAUGUCCACAUGUGCGAGUGUGCACACGUGCGCAUCGGUGCAUGUGUGCGUGUCAGUGCAUGUGUGCUUGUGCAUGUCUCUCCGUGUUCAUGUGCAAGCGUGUACAUGUGUGUUUGCAUGUGCGUGCUUGUAUGUGAGUGUGUAUACACGUGCGUGUGCCUGUGCGUUUGCAUGUGGGUGCGUCUGUGUGCUUGUACGUGCAUGUGUAGAUAUGUGUGUGAGUGCGUGUGAGCAUGUGUAUGCACUUGUACGCGUGUGCAGGCGUGAGUGUGUGUCUGUGCGCGCACGUGUGUGCAUUCACGUGGGUGUGUACAUGUGUGCGUAUGAGAACAUAUGCAUAUGUGUGCUUGGGUGAAUGCGUGUCUGUGCUCAUGCAUGUCUGCGUUUGGGUGUGUCCGUGUGUGUUUGUGUGCGGAUGAGGACGUAUGCGUACGUGUGCUUGGGUGAGUGCGUGUCUAUGUGCACGUGUUUGGGUGUGUCCAUGUGUGCCUGCGUGCGCGCGUGUCCGUGCGCACAUACGUCUGCAUACACUGGCGGUGGCGUCCUUUUGAGGACGGGAGUGUGUGGGCAUGCAGGUGCAUCUGCGCGUGCGCAUGUGUUUGCAUGUGCAUAUUCAUGUGCGGGUGUGCACGAGUGGGUGCACGUGAGGGUAUGCCAUGCGUAUGCCCACGUGUGUGCAGGCGUGAGCAUGUGUCUGUGCGUCUUGGUGUGAGUGUCCCUGCAUAUGUGUGUGUACGAGGGCGUAUGCAUAUGUGUACUUGCGUGUGUGCGAGGACACAGGCGUGAGUCCUACUGCAUGCGGGCGUGAGUGCUACUGCGUGUGUGUGUGCAUAUUCGCACGCGAGUGUGUGCGAGUGCGUGGGCGCGUGUCAGUGUGUGCGUUUGCAUGCUUGUCUGAGUGUGUGUUCGUGCUUGCGUCUGUCUGCGAGAUUGCUUAUGCGUGUGUACGUAUGGGUGUGUCUGUGUGCAUGCAUGUGCUUGUGUGUGCAUAUAUCCAUGUGUGAGUGCGCAUGUGCAGGCGUGAGCAUGUGUCGGUGUGCAUGCAUGUCUGUCCGCUUUUGACUGUGUGUUUCUGCGUGCGCAUGCACACCUGCACAUGGGUGCACAUGCGUGUUUGUGCUGACGUGCAUAUGUGCGAGUUGUGGGCGUGUGUGCAUGUGCAUGUGUGCAUGCGUGCCUGUGUGUGGCUGUAUGCGUGCGCAGACGUGUGCAUGCAUGUGUGUGUGUGUCUGUGUGCAUGUGCGCAUACGUGUCAAUGUGCACGUGCGCAUGCAUGUCUGUGCAUGUGUGUGCUUGUGGACAGGUGUGUCCGCAGGUGUAAGCCUGCAUGUGAGUGCAUGUGCGCGCGCAUGCAUGUCUGUGCACAUAUGUUCAUAUACCUGCGUGCAUUUUCAUGUGUGUGUGCGCAUUUGCCUGUGUGCGCCUACAUGUGGGUGUGUUCGUGUGCAUGUACUUGUGUGUGCAUGCGUUCAUAUGCAUGUGUGCGUGUAUCGGGUGUGAGUGCGCAUAAGCCUGUGUCCGUGUGUGUGCGCGUGUGUGCAUGAGCAUGUCCGUGCGUGUUUGCAUGUGUAUGCAUGCAUGUAUGCAUGCAUGUAAGGGCAUAUGCAUGUGUGCAUGAGCACACGUGUGCGAGCGCUACUGCACACAUGCGUGUGUGUGCACGCAUUCGUGUGUGAGCCUGUGCAUGUGUAUAUGUGGGCGUGUGUGUGUUUGCGUGAGUCCGUGUCUGUGCAUGUGUGCAUUUGCGAGUGUCUGUUUAUGCAUGUGCGUGUACGCAUACGUGCACUUGCGUCCUUUUGUGCAUGGGUGUGUGCAGCUCCAUCUGGGCGUGUGCGUGCAUGUGUGUCUGCGCACGUGUACUUGUGCGUGCAUGCGCGUGCAGACGUGUGUGGGCAUGCUUGUUUGCGUGCCUGUGUGUAUGCGUAUGCGUUUGUGGGUAUGCAUAUGCGUGUGUACAUGUCUCUCUGCAUGUGCGCACGUUCGUGUGUGCUUGUGCAUGCUCGUGUGUGCAUGUACGCGCAUGUUUGAGUGUGUGUGCGUGUCUGCGUGUUUACACGUGGGCGCGCCUGCGUGUGCAUUCAUAAGCAUGUGUGAAUGUGUACGUAUGCGUGUAUCCGUGUGCAAGCACGCGUUAGCAUGUCCAUGUGUACUCCUGUCUACGCGUGUGUGUGAGCAUGUCUGUGCGCAUUUGUGUGCGUGCACGUGUGUGUUCCUGUGUAUGCGUAUGCGUCCACAUGUGCAAGUGCUACCUAGUGUAUCAUAAAAACGAUAUGAGCAGUAUAUCCUGUUAUAUAUGUACUAUAUUAUGCAGCACUUGCUAUGUUAUAUAGUACAAAUAAGCUAUACUAUGUAUCAUCUAGCAGCUACUGUUCUUACACAAAUUUUUUCAAUAACAUCUAAUGUACAUUGUGUGUUUAUAUUAUACAUGCAUUUCUAUAUUAUACAUAUGGACUGCAUAGGUACAGGAGUAUUCUUUGAGAGCUGAUAGAUGCUAUGGAAGAUAUUAUAUAGAUUUCUGGAUUUUAUUAAAUAGAUUUACUACAUAAAUUACUCCUACAACAACAUAUAUGCCACAGAUGUUUUACACAAUAUACUGUACUGCACAUAGUAAUAUUAUGUUAACACAUUAUACAGUAAUUAUAUAAUUAUGUAAUGCGUUUAUACUAAAUAGUAUGUAUAGUAUAAGCUUUGACAUAUUAUUUAAAUGUCGUUUGUUAUGCCUCAUUAUUAUUAUUACCACCUACCAUGUUAUGUAUUAUAUCUAGCUAAUGACAUAUAGUAUACAAACAGAAUAUAGUAUGAUAGCAAUAUAAUAUAUUAUAUAUAGGAAUAGUACACAUAUCAGAAUUUUAUAGGAUAGAGAUUAGAUUCUACAUAAGCAACUAAGUUGUUGCUUACAGAUAUAGCACCUAAGUUACAUAUAUACUACAUAAAAUGCCACUAACAAUAUGUUAGUUAUAGAAUAUAUUUUGUUUCAUAUAAUUAUUAAACAGUAUAUAAUAUAUAUGUGAUCUAUAAUAUGUGCUGUAUAACACAGUAUAUGUGGUAGCUGGUAUCUAUAUCUCCAUAGUAGAUGGCACCUGUAGGGUAUAGAUAUUAUAUUUUUAUUAUUAUUAAGGUAUUAAUAUAUUUACUUCAUAUUACAGCCUUUACCUGUGUUGUUUAUGGAGUAUAUAAAAAUGAGUUCUUUCUAAAAUCUGUUUUCUGCAGAGUACACAAAUUAUCUAAUUGAAUUAGAUACAGUAUAUGUACAGUAUCUAAUAAUAUACACUGUACCAUGUAAAAUACAUUAACUACACAUCUAAUAGUAAAUACAGAAUAUAUACAUAUUGUAUAGAGUAUAUCAUACAUGCUACAUGUAGCAUGUAUAGCAUGCAGUAUAUUUAAUAUUCUGUAUUAUACUAUCUAAAUAAUAUAUUUUUAUACCUAAAUGCAUAAAAAAAGGCCAGAGGUGAUGAUGCAGGCAUGAGCCUCCUUGUCUUGACAGACAAGGGUCAAUGCCAGCACCUGGGUUGUCCCCAAGCUUGGCCUGGAGCCUUCCCUGGAUGAGUGGCUCCCAGCCUUGUAUUAGUUCUGCUGCUCUCCUCAGGGUGCCUGAGCCCCUGCCAAGGCCUGUGAUGGAGUGCUGCACCACCUGUAUUGGCACAGAGGCACUCAGGAUGGUCGCUGCUCAGAAACCAAACCCCUCCUCAUCCAAAUGCCUUUGGCUGGCCAGCACCUGCCCUCUCCCAGUUCCCUUUUGGGUGCAAGAAUAAACACAACCCUCCUGGUACAGAGAUAAUGUGACUCACAGAGCAGAGUCUUAGUUUCAGGAUGCCCUCUGGCUUGCUGCUUGGUUCAUGGGUCUUUGCUGCUUGGUUCAACUGGCCUAUGACGUGCUCCUUCUAUACUCCAUCGUUCUCUGAAAAAUCACUAUGAUUUUUAUUUCACAACUAAGGGCCUGGCUUGCUUAAAUUCAAGUUUAGGCUUACAUUUCCCACCCAGAGGGACACGUCUAGCAAGCAGGUAGUGCCCAUAUUGCACUAGUUUGUGACAGUGAGGUCAUUCUUGCUGGGCUUGGCUUCCUUGCCUUUUACCGUGAGCGUGCAUGUUGAUUAAACACCAUGUCUAAGUGGUACGGAAGGACUUUUCUCAAUUGUCUCUACUGAACACCUUUUCUUUCUGAUGAAAACCAAACUUGAUUGCAGUCCUGGGGGCUUGGGGAUACUGUUUCUACAUGAGCUGUGUCCAGACACAGCAGGAUAGCCUACAGACCCAUAUACCCUAGGAGCAUUUAGGUUAACAGGGCACUAUUACCGCUGCAAUCUCACGAUUGUCCUAGAUGCUUCUUGAGCUUACCUGCAGAGCACCUCCAGCACUGCUCUUGCUUGUUGACCUCAGUGAGCCAAAGCUUAUUGCAGCUCACAGCACAAAUGUGGUGAUGUGGGUGAAGGGUGGAGCCCUCUUUGGGCAUCCUGUGUCUUUGCAGCAAGAACAAUGGGAAUAUGAAAAUGCUCAGUAGUAGAUGCUAACCAUCAUCAUUGGUUGAUUUCCAACAUCAACCAAGCAUGUGCGUAUGCUUUUCUACUGAGAAGAGGGUGAUGCUGGGUAGGUUCGAAUGGCGGGGCGAGCCGGGAUGGCCCUCACAUGACUCAUGCACUCACAGUGCCACCCCAGCCCAAGGUGAUGAGCCCUGAGCUGCCACCAGAGGGCGACCUCCCCGAGUGCCUCCACCAGAUUUUUUAAUCAGGAAUUUUUUUUUAAAGCAGGAAUUCAUUACGAUAACUGGUUUAUCAGUGAAUUCUGAAGGCAUUAAUAGUGAUUUGCCACUUACUUCAAGAGGUUGCUGAUAAUUCUAAUGGAAUGAGAAAUUAUGGUAUUUGAGUCUCCUGACACUUCUAGUUCAGGGAACAAGAAAAAAAAGCCCAACCCAAAAUGCCAAGACUAAUUAAAGUCCCGAUGCACAGGGUUUUUUCCUCUUAUGAGAUAGCACAAGGUCAUAACAAUCCCUUCAGCCGCUUCUGUGCGGGGGGCUCCAAAGCCAAUUUAAAGCAUGCACAUAGUCCUCUGAGGAGUGGCAAGUUCACCUGGAAAUCCUGACAGGCAACCUCUGGGAGCAGCUCUCUGAGCAGGAAAAGCAGUAACCAGGCCUUGGUUUCUGCAGCUUUAGAGUGACCAGUGAGGUUAUGAGCUCAGCAAAAGACUUCCCCAAGUGCAAAGCUACCACUUUUUUCCAACCAUGAUCUGGAAGGGGAGUUGUCAAUCUGGCCAGCAGCAACAGGAGUAUAAUUAAGGCUGGUUUAUCCCUCAUCUCAUCCUAGCAGAUGUACAUGCUCUUUGCCUAAUCCACAUCAUCUGGACAAACACCCAUCACUGCAAGGGCCUGAGCAGCCUCAAAUACAUGCCCAUCCAGCCUCCAAAACCAUGUUUUCCUCCCAAACCUGUGCUAUUCAAAAAGGGUGGUACAGACAGUACUUGUUUCUAGCUGAAAGAUUAAUUUAUUUUUCUCCUUUUAAACAUAUACACCUGUUGGAGACAAAAAGCAUUCCCUUGCAGCAGAAACAGGCUACAGCAUGGAGAAGGCAGGCACCUUCCCCAGGCUGUUCAGGUCUUGAGAAACAAUGAAAACAGAGCUCUUGGUGAAUGGGGUCCAAGAUGCUGUGUUACAGCUGUUGCUGGUAUUCCUCUCAGGUUAGCUCACUGCCACUAAGACCAUACUUGACAUUUGGGUCCUGCAUCCAGCAAAAAGGCAGGCCUUCCCCUCUGCCACACAUCUCCUGAGCAUUGUCCUCUUCUAGUUGGCUGUCAAAGGGUUGCAGGCAACGAAAGGUCAAUUUUCAGAGAGGGAAGCCAUUUGUCAGAGAGCUCUGAGCACACACAGCCAUCCCCCUAACUUUGGCUAUCAACCAAGAAAAGUAAGACAGGGUCAACAGAAGUGUUUUACGCUAUACUGGUGCCAUGGGAAGAAAAAAGCCACCUUCACAAUUUUUGCAAUAUCUUCUUCCCCUUCAGUCUUGAAAUAAGUAAUGGCAGAAAGGGCAGGUAACAUCUCUUGUACACAGCCUGUUCUCUCUUAUACCUGUGGAUUGCAUAUAUAUAUGUGAGUAGUCUUUGCUAGAUGCCAGACAUUUAGUACUGCUGCAACUGCUGGGACUGGUUUUGUAACAUCUCUGGUGCAGCAGUGGGACCAACUGAGUGACUUCUUUUUCCCUCUGAGCUGCAAAGUCCCUGUUCUUACUUUUGGUGAUGCCGUUCAAAAAUCCUUCCGAGGUAUUCGGUUCCCGCAAGACUCCACUGUCAAGUGAAUCAUAAAUUUAAAAGAAGGCCCGGCUGUGCAUGCUGGCGAUUGCACAUCCAAACUGAAACACUGACAUCCAAAACGACCGCUGCACGAUCAGCAUGGUUUGCAGGGCGGGGCGGGGAAUAAACACACUUGUGGCAUUGCCUCGUCUUCAGGACAAGCUUUAUUAACAUUUUGCGUUAACAAACAUCGUAGUGUGAAGGCAUCAGUUGUAAAUUUUCCAACGCACAGUACAGACAAAAGGAAAAAUAAUGGACUUGGAGGCAAAUUCAGCAUGUAAAUGACAGACUAACAGAAGAGGCAUGUGUUACCUGAUAUAGCUGCUAGACCAUCUAUUAGAAGACAUUUUGCAAGCAACAGUCUACAUUUUUUUGCGUUGAAGUAAAAACAUAUUUUUGGAUCAAGAAAAUUAGCUUUUGUAAUUUUUUUUUUAAAACUUUCCUUUAUAUCACAAAUGUCAGGGUAAGGCAAAUCCUGGAUGAAUCAUAUGAUUAAAAACCCCUAUUCCCCAAGAAAAUAGAUCACAUAUGCUGUUAAGUAACUAAGUUUGUCAUUUUAAAAGCAAAGCCAGCGUGCACUGCAUAUAGAGAAAA